AUGCUAGAAUCAACAAAGUAUUUAAAAAUGUCAUUCCAUCUGUUUCUGAAAUUACUGAUUCCAUCUGUGUAAUUGACUAUUUACAUAAUUAGAUAGCAUAAUAAAUGUUUGAGCAUAAUUGUAAAAGAUAAAUCUUCCCAUCUUCCAAAUAUAAAUUCUUAAUUUUAAUCUAAUUUAACCAAAGGAGAUGCAUAAGAAGCAAUUUGA